AUCUCAUCUAAUCAUUCUCGUUCUUUUUUCACUGUGCGAGACGUAUUGCAAUAGGACUGAAAAUUAUAUUUUUACAGCGAAUUCUGGUUUAUCUAGUGAUAAUUUGGGACAUAACCCGUCUAAAUGGCGCUUAAUCCACAGUACGAUGCUAUUGGAAAAGGAUUCGUACAGCAAUACUAUGCAUUGUUCGACGAUCCGGCACAACGGCCAAAUCUGGCGAAUAUGUACAACGUCGAGACCUCAUUUAUGACUUUUGAAGGCGUCCAACUUCAAGGGUCAAUGAAAAUUAUGGAAAAAUUAAAUAGUUUGAUGUUUCAAAAAAUACAUAGAAUAAUAACAGCAGUUGACUCACAACCUAUGUUUGAUGGUGGUGUUCUAAUCAAUGUCCUGGGGAGGUUGAAGUGUGACGAAGACCCCCCACACGCGUACAUGCAAACAUUUGUGCUGAAGCCCCUUGGAGAAUCCUUCUUUGUGCAACAUGAUAUAUUCCGCCUCAGCAUCCAUGACGCUGCCUAAUCUUAAUGUAAACAACAUCCAACAUUUUACAAGACGAACAAGAUCAUGCAGAAAGUCAAUACUCGUAUGGUCACCCCGCUAUUUUAAUGCAUUCUUGUUUUGGUUAACUAGGUAUAAGUAACUGGUAUGUUUAUUGCCUACUGUAAAUUCUAAAAUUGUAAAUUAUCUAACAAAAUCAUCUUUGGAUUGUUUCUGGCUUAGACGAAUUACUUUUAAGACAGCUUAGUGAUGGCGGACUUACCUUCAGUUACAUGUAUACAUUUUGUAAUAAAUACAUUAUAAUUUUUUAUAA